CUCCAUCUGUGCUGCAGCCUCACAUCAACCGUGGAGCAUUCACGUCAUUCCCCUCGCACCGCCGGAACGGAACAGUCCAAACCAAAGCACCAUAAAAUGAACUCGCAGAUACUAUUGACCGGCGCUCGCGCUCUCUCGAGCGCAACGCUGCGCUCUGCUGCCGCCGCUCGCACCUUCCAGACGUCUGCUGCGCGGCUCGACACCGUCGCCGCCGCGCCAAUUCCUGCGCGCAAGCCAGUUGGAGCCUUUCGAGGAGGUCUAUUCGGCUUCUUCUUCGGCAGCACCCUCGCCGGCGCCAGUGUCUACUAUUACGCCCUGCAAGAGUACAAGUCAUCGAACGAGCUGUUGACCGAGGAUAUCUACAACCUUCAACACGCCGUCGACCGUCUCAGCAAAUACGUGGGAACUCUAGAGGAGAAGAUGGAGUCAUUGGAGAGGAAGAAAAAAUAGACGAGAAGCAUGACUUGACGUGACGAUGGGCCCGGGAGAGGGAAAACAAAACAAAAAUGCGCGGUAUUUAGGCCGCUUGCCCAUGUAUAUGAAAGAUUGGAAGGGGGGCAGGCCAGCCUAGCUUGUAUGGUACAUAUGGGGGUUUUUAUUCCAUUCAUGGCCGUCAGUAUGAAGAAGCGAAAGGAGCGUGUCUUAUUGCGAUUUAUCUGCUCUGCUUGCCGUAUUUAUCUAUGAGCCCCGUGGCAAUACUGGUCUGAGGUAGCCGCGGUGCUGGCCA